GUGGCUUCCCUCUGGGGCAGCCACACAGGCCAUGGCUGUGGGGCUGGCGACUGGCGCUUAGCAACCCCAACCACCUGCCUGCUGAGGAGCCAGAGCCAGGACCCUGUGACCGGGCUGGCCUCCCGUGCAUGGAAUGGUGCUGUGCCCCGGGCCAGCAGGCUGGGCUCGCCAUGGUGCUGGGUGCCAUCCUGGCACGUGGGAGGGACGUGUGCAAGCGGAAUGGACUGCUCAUCCUGUCUGUGCUCUCUGUCACCGUGGGCUGCCUCCUUGGCUUCUUCCUGAGGACCCGGCGCCUCUCACCCCAGGAAAUUAGUUACUUCCAGUUUCCGGGAGAGCUCUUGAUGAGGAUGUUGAAGAUGCUGAUCCUUCCACUGGUAGUCUCCAGCUUGAUGUCCGGCCUCGCCUCCCUGGAUGCCAAGACCUCCAGCCGCCUGGGCAUCCUCACCGUGGCAUACUACCUGUGGACCACCUUCGUGGCGGUCAUCGUGGGCAUCAUCAUGGUCUCCAUCAUCCAUCCGGGUGGCGCAGCCCAGAAGGAGAUGACUGAGCAGAGCGGGAAGCCCAUCAUGAGCUCAGCCGACCCCCUGCUGGACCUCAUUCGGAACAUGUUCCCAGCCAACCUGGUGGAAGCCACAUUCAAGCAGUAUCGCACCAAGACCACCCCCGUUGUCAAGUCCCCCACGGUAGCAUCAGAGGAGGCCCCUUCUCGGCGGAUCCUCAUCUACGGGGUCCAGGAGGAGAAUGGCUCUCGUGUGCAGAACUUCGCCCUGGACCUGACGCCCCCUCCAGAGGUCGUUUACAAGUCAGAGCCCGGCACCAGCGAUGGCAUGAACGUGCUGGGCAUCGUCAUCUUCUCUGCCACCAUGGGCAUCAUGCUGGGCCGCAUGGGUGACAGCGGGGCCCCGCUGGUCAGCUUCUGCCAGUGCCUCAACGAGUCUGUCAUGAAGAUCGUGGCCGUGGCUGUGUGGUACUUCCCCUUUGGCAUCGUGUUUCUCAUUGCUGGCAAGAUCCUGGAGAUGGACAACCCCACGACCGUAGGAAAGAAGCUGGGCUUCUAUGCAGUCACCGUGGUGUGCGGGCUGGUCGUCCAUGGCCUCUUCAUCCUGCCCCUGCUCUACUUCUUCAUCACCAAAAAGAACCCCAUCGUCUUCAUCCGCGGCAUCCUCCAGGCCCUGCUCAUCGCGCUGGCCACCUCCUCCAGCUCAGCCACAUUGCCCAUCACCUUUAAGUGCCUGCUGGAGAACAACCACAUCGACCGGCGCAUUGCCCGCUUUGUGCUGCCCGUGGGCGCCACGAUCAACAUGGAUGGCACCGCGCUCUACGAGGCUGUGGCUGCCAUCUUCAUUGCCCAGGUCAACAACUACGAGCUGGACUUCGGCCAGAUCAUCACCAUCAGCAUCACAGCCACCGCAGCCAGCAUCGGGGCAGCUGGCAUCCCCCAGGCCGGGCUCGUCACCAUGGUCAUCGUGCUCACCUCCGUGGGCCUUCCCACCGACGACAUCACCCUCAUCAUCGCUGUUGACUGGGCUCUGGACCGUUUCCGCACCAUGAUUAACGUGCUGGGGGAUGCACUGGCUGCUGGGAUCAUGGCUCACGUCUGCCGGAAAGACUUCGCUCAGGACACGGGCCCCGAGAAACUGCUGCCCUGUGAGACCAAGCCUGUGAGCCUCCAGGAGAUUGUGGCAACUCAGCAGAAUGGCUGUGUGAAGAGUGUAGCUGAGGCCGCAGAGCUGACCCUGGGACCCUCCUGUCCCCACCACGUCCCCGUCCAGGUGGAACAGGAUGAGGAACCAGCUACCACCAGUCUGGACCACUGCACCAUUGAGAUCAGCGAGCUUGAGACCAACGUCUGAACCUGAGGAGCUACAGGGCCUGGGGAAGGCCUCCAGGGUUAGGGGCCAAGGGCAGGAUCUCAAUUCACUACUUUCCUGAGCACAAGGGCCAGGCUCACACUAUCUCCCCACCCUUGAGGGUCCAGAAUGGGCUCCACCUGAUGGAAAGUGGACUGUUAGAAAGGGGAAAGACUGCACGUGGGGAUCCCAGCUGGAGAGUUACAGGCAGGCGUAGCCUGAGCCCCGACUGUGACAUUUCCACUGGGUUGGCCUGUGCGGGUGGCAGGCAGGGGUAUGGUCCUCACUUUCUGGAUCACAAAGUUGAGGCUCUGAAAGCUGAAAACACUUGCCCCAGGUCUCGGAACAAGUGAUAUCAGGACUAGGACUCUAGUUCAAGUCUUUCAAGCCCUGGCCACUCCCUGCCAGAGGACAGGGAUGGCUGCAGGGUCAGAUGCCGAGAGGGAGGCUCUGCCCCCUCCAGGAGCCCCAGAGCCGCCACUGCUUUCAAUUUACAAAGACAUAGCAAUGUCCUGGUUCUGCCCCAGCUGUGUCCCAGCCCAGGUCCGCCCCCACCCAGCCUCAUAACACGUGGCCUCAGACCAACAGCUCUCCCCAAGGAUGGGCCCAGCCUAAAGCCGAGACCCACAGCCUUCCACGUGCCACAGCCCGUCCCGUCUCCUGACCUAGCAGUUCUGUCUCAUAAAGCUCAUCUGGUGUGGAGAUGAAGAUGUCUUCACCAGAGCUGCAGGGCCCUUAGAAACCCCCGGGCUAGUCUCCCAUUGGACAGGUGAGCCAGCCAGGACUGGGGACGCAGACUCACCUGGGAUGUUUCAGUCAAGCUGCCCAGAUGGCCCUGGGGUCAGCACUCUCCCCACCCCCCGCCCCAAAGCCCAUGUGAUGAAGAGGAGUUAGAUUUUCUAUUCCUUUCUGUGUUUGCAAGUUCAAUGAUAACUAAAUAAAGGUAUUUUGUUUUUCAAAUCUUGUAGGCUUAGUGACCAUACCCAAACCAGCAUUUCUUUAUUGGGUUAAUACAGGCAAAGCACAGACUUGCUUGUCUGGGCAGUCCGAGUACAGACGGGGCUGUCCAGGAAGCCGGAAUGUAAACAGCCUUGUCUGCAUAGCUGGAGUGUAGACAGGUCUGUCUGGGCUGUCAGUGUGUGGACGGGCCUGCCUGCGCAGCCAGAGUGCGGACGAGCCUGUCUUGGUGGCCAGAGCGAGGACAGGCCUGCUCGAGCCGAUACAUGCAGGAAGCAGAGCCCACGCUGGGCUGCCCAGGGGCCUGUCUGGGAACCACGGUGUGGACAGGCCACCCUGCUCAUAGCCUGGGUUCUACAGGCAGGACCCUGAGGUCAGUCCUCACAAAAGAAACACAUUUCUUCAGCCAGCCUGGCUCCCAUCUGUGAAUGCUUUGCUCUAAGCAGGGGGCGUGCCCAAGAAGUUUUCAGACUCUCCUUCUCUUGCUCUCUGCAGCCUCACAGUGUCUCCAGGAGGCUCACAGGGGACACAGAAGACCCUGGCCACACAGCCUGCUCUGGAUGCACUUUGGGGAGAAGAUACAGCCCCAGGGUUUUGCACCAUGGAGCCCAUGAAGCUGGGGGAGGGGAUGAGAGAAUCAGGAGGGUAAUCAAGUCUUAAAUAUUCAGUAGAAAGACUGAUGCUGAGGCUGAAGCUCCAAAUACUUUGGCCACCUGGUGCGAAGAGCCGACUCACUGGAAAAGACCCUGAUGCUUGGGAAAGACUGAAGGCAGGAGGAGAAGGGGGCAACAGAGAAUGAGAUGGUAGGACGGCAUCACUGACUCAAUAGACAUGAGUUUGAGCAAACUCCAGGAGACAGUGAAGGAUGGGGAAGCUUGGCGUGUUGCCGUCCAUGGGGUCGGCAAGAGUCGGCUGAACAAAAACAGCCACCUGCCUCCCAGGCCCCACUCCUGAACUACCUCCAUCUUCCUCCCAGGGUCAUAGUCUGAAGAGUCCAGGAAGGGCCCUAGGCUCCCCUUCUCACUAUAAGGCUAGAGGCUGUAGAAUCCACCUUGGGAGCAUCCUUCCUUUCUUAAGGCCUAAUCACCUAUGACAGAUCAAAUGUCCAGCUAACUCUUCGCAUGGUGUGCCUGGCCCCCUUCCUGUAGCUCAUCUCUUUGAGCAAUGGUGUCUGCUCCAUACAGGUCAGGAAGCUGCUCUUUACUGGGCUCAACAGCAGCGUGCUUACACACCUCUAGUGGCGGGGGGCCACCACUUCCGGGGCAUGUGAUCCACUGUGGGACAGCUCUGCCUGGCAGAUGUUCUUCUUUGCUCUGAGCUGGGGGCUGCCUUCUUCUGGCCCAGCUCUGGCCCCGGUGGUGAUGGUGACACACUGAGCUAGUCUGCCACCUCUGGGCAAGCCUGCAGGGACCAAGGCCCUGAGGAGGGUUCUGCUCCAGUUCCCAAGCCUGCCUCCAGCCCCUUUUGCAUCCCAGCAUCUGCUAUGGGACAGACCCCAUCAGUCAUGCCCUCUCAGUGCCCAGGAACUCUGAGCAGCCCAAAGCCUGCAGGUCCUCUGCCUGGAUGCUCAGCCACUUGGGAACACAGGGUGGGCUCACAGGCUUUGUGUGGUGGUCCCGGCCCAACCUGUUGACCCCCACCGAGUUGAGGGGCUGCACGUGCCUCCAGGCCACCUCACCUUCACCUAAACCCUGCGUCCCUGGAAUUCUUUCUAUGGGAUGACUCUGUGGGCCCCCAGAACUGAACUCUGCACUGACUCCUGCUGGUCAGAAGGUGCUGAAGUGCUUGGGUCCUGCCCGGCGGCCAGGCCUGAGCCCAGCACCUGGCAGGAAGCACACACAGACACGGCCACAGGCUGCCAGACAGGGGUAAUGCUUUUAUAUUAGUUUUUCUGUAACAAGAAAAAUCAGCUUUGAAGUUUUUAUCAUUGUUUUUCCUUAAAAAAAGAAUUAAAAAAAAAAAAAGGCACCCAGAACUCCCCUCAGGCCCAAAGAAUAAAAAUGUUCUCUCAUCGGUGCAGCUGGGCCCUUCGCUCUUGCUCCACCUAGCCCCACCACCUCCGCCAAGCUCAAGUCCAAGACCUCAGCAGCCUCAGACCUUCCCUCUGGCCUCAGUGGGGCUCAUCCAGCAAAGCUGUGUCUGGGCCGGCCAGGGCCUGGCGGGGAAUGACUGCCCCAGCCUUGGGGAGCAUGACCGGUGGGCCAACGCAGCAGUCCGGAAGGUUCUUUUCCCCAAAUGGAGAGAAAGGAAGAAAACCCAGUCUGCGAGUUCCAGAGGGUGCAGGCACCUGGCCGCAGAUAGCAUGGAGAUAACUCUGUCUUCUCCAAGGGACAGAUGGAGGGGGCAGACAGACAGACGGCGAGCUGGCCAUUUCUGGCUGGGGCAAGAGCUGUUGGUGGCAGAGGUCGAGAAGAGCUAUUUGCAUGUGACGUGUGUGUGUGUGUGUGUGUACAUGUGUCCACAGGGCAGGGAGUAGGUACCCAUGAGUGCU